UUCUUUUUAUGAUUUUUAUUUCGUUCCGACAAUUUUCCCGCUAAAAAUGAUUGAUUCUAUUCUCCAACCGUCACUGGCGCACGCCAAACUGUAAACAUAACCUUGAGAACGUCCAGAGUCCGGCAAAUAACCUCUCAAAACACAAAUAAGACUUUUUUUAAUGAUUAUUUAGUGAUUUAUUCACGUGAAAUAAAAAAUGUUCGAGGCGCACAGUUUGAACGCUGAGCACAAAGACUUGAUUCAUGACAUUGCCUACGAUUUUUACGGCCAGAGAAUGGCCACUUGCUCCAGUGAUCAAUUCGUGAAGGUUUGGGACGAGGAUGAGCACGAAAAUUGGCACUUGACAGCCUCCUGGAAGGCGCACAGUGGAUCUGUGUGGAAAGUCACAUGGGCACAUCCCGAAUUCGGCCAAGUCCUCGCGACCUGUUCCUUCGACAGAACUGCAGCUGUUUGGGAAGAAAUAGUUGGAGAGGGCUCUGGGCCUGGAGAACGUGGCAUGAGGCACUGGGUACGACGAACAAACCUGGUGGACUCACGUACCUCUGUAACAGACGUUAAAUUUGGCCCAAAAACACUGGGACUUGUUUUGGCCACAUGCAGUGCAGACGGGGUAAUUAGGAUAUACGAGGCACCUGAUGUUAUGAAUUUGAGCCAGUGGACACUGCAGCAUGACAUCAGUUGUAAAUUGUCGUGCAGUUGUAUCACUUGGAAUCCAUCAUUAUCUAGAUUGCAUCCCCCGAUGAUUGCAGUGGGCAGUGACGACUCUAAUACAUCAUCAGGUGGUAAAGUAUUCAUAUACGAGUAUUCAGAGAACAGCAGACGAUGGACUAAAACCGAAACACUGUCGAACGUUGUCGAUCCAGUCCAUGAUAUUGCAUUCUCGCCUAAUCUGGGUAGAAGUUUCCACACAUUGGCUAUUGCCACGAAAGACGUGAGGAUUGUGAGCUUGAAGCCACUUCAGGAUAACGCACACAGUGGUCUCUCCCGUUUCGAAAUAAAAACAGUUCAGUUUGACGAUCACUACUGCACAGUCUGGCGCGUCUGCUGGAACAUAAUGGGCACAAUUCUGGCCUCAUCAGGCGACGACGGUUGUGUUCGUCUCUGGAAAGACAAUUACAUCAAUGAAUGGAAGUGCGUGGCUGUUCUCAAGGGCGAUGGUACGUCAGCGCAGACAGCUGAAGUACCACAGAUUGCCACACCCCCAGGACACAGUACUGGUGUUCAAUUGCCACUGUCAACCACCAGCUGCAGAAUUGCAGUCGUUGCGAACGAGACGGUGGAGAAAUCCACAGCAACUUGCACACUGUCAGCGACUAACAAGUCCCAACAGCCAGUGAUGAAGGGUCGUUUUAGCAAAAUUACGUGGGUGGGAAAUCCCAGUGAAAUGACGUUACCACCCCUCAUUCAUGAAUAUUCACGAGUUAAAAAGUGAAAACUCGGCAACUUUUGGGAUUUAAUCUCUUCAACUUUGAGAUUAUCGCCUGACGUUUCAAGUUAAUUACCGAAGAAUGCACUCAAUCUUUCAUGAUGCAAUCAUCUUAAUUUAUGAAAAAUUUCCAAACACGAAUAAUAAAAUCAUUUUUUCUGGAAGUUUUUUUAUCUAGAAUUUCAGCGGAAUAAUGAAACCCGCGAAACAUUUAAUUGAAUAAAAACGAUUAUUUAUUUUAGAAUAUUUGCAAUAUGUAAAAAAAAUUAAAGGAAA